AUGCUUGAAGCUGAUGAAGCAUACUUUAAAGAACAUGAUAAAGAUGUAUGUAAAAAAUAUUUACAACGUAUAGUACCAAUAAAAAUUUGGUUUGAAAUGAAAAUUGAUAUAACAGGUGUUGAGAUUUCUCGACUUUAUACACAACCUAAAGAUAUUUGCGAUAUACAUCGUGAAUUUUCAACAAUUUCUCCAUUAUUUUCAAUUGCUGCUGCUUUUGGUAAUGUUAAAGAAAAAUUAAAUUCAACAUGUAAUAAACUUAUUUUUCUUGUUUUUCAUGAUGGUUCUAGUUCAACAAAAGAUGAAAUAAAAACGAUUGUUCAAAAUGAAUAUUAG